AUGUGUCGAAAGAUCGAAUCCUUCGUCGAGGCGAUGUUCGCCAAACCGGCGACCUUGCUCACUCCACUGAUUAUCGGCGGAUUCAAUGUACUGUAUCCCAUGCGCAUUGACGGUCUGCCUGCCAAUGUUCUCAUCCGCUUGCCCUGUCCCAACCAAGCAGUGUUUCCGGAGGAAAAGACCCUUGUGGAGGCCGCGACAGCGUCAUGCAUCAGGCAAUGCACCCGACUCCCGAUUCCUAAACAUUUCAGCUACGGCAUUGACCCCGCCAUCGGGCCAUUCGUUAUCAUCCAGGAUCUCGGGUCGCGACGGGUCAUGGGUCAGGUUCUGGAGGCCCCCAGGGAUGACCCCAACGACACUCCUGUCCUGCGACCCGACAUCUCUGAGGGCGAGUUGAUGGUGCAUUACGCUAAAAUGGCACGAUGUCUGAUUCAUCUUGCAGAAGCGGAAUUUCCACGCAUUGGGAGCCUCGUCGAAACAAGCCCGGGCUGUUUUGAGGUGAUGCAGCGACCUAUGACCCUAAACAUGAACAACAUGGUUCAACUUUCCAACAUCCCAAAGUCAAUCUUCCCCGCCAAGGGCACCACAUACCAGACAGCAGAUGAAUGGUACACCGUGUUGGCUGAAAUGCAGAUUGCAACUCUUCUGUUCCAGCACAAUGAUAUGAUGUCAUCAGAGGAUGACUGCAGGACAAAAUACGUCGCUCGUCAACUAUUUCGAAGGCUAGCCAAGGAAGGCCGACUGUCAACGUUUGGGUUUGCCGAGGAUGACUGGUCGGCGAACCGCAGAGAGGCUGGUGGUACUUUGCCGGCUCCGAACUGUGCGGGCGCAUUCCGCCUGUGGUCUGAUGACUUCAGGCCAGCCAAUAUCGUUGUUGACGAGGAUGACCAAGUGCUGGGUGCCAUUGACUGGGAAUUCGCUUAUGUCGGGCCAACACAGUUUAUUCUCGACCCACCAUGGUGGUUGCUACUAGAUGUCCCGGAGAUGUGGGAUGAUGGCAUUGACGAUUGGACAAGCAUCUACGAAAAGAGACUGGAGACCUGGCUGUCAGCCAUGGAGGAGACAGAGAAGGAGGCCGACUUUGGUGCUUUGACACUCUCAUCGUACAUGCGAGAGAGCUGGACGACGGGCCGUUUCUGGUUGAACUAUGCUGCCCGAAAGAGCUGGGCCUUUGAUACCAUCUACUGGAAAUACCUGGACCAGAGAUUUUUUGGCGAGCGAAGAGCAGACAUUUCCACAGAUCAACUGUGGAAGACGAGAGUCCAACUUCUGAACAAAGAGGAGCGGGCAGCGAUGGAGCCUCUGGUUAAAACGAAGAUGGAUGAGUCGAAGGACCGGGUCCUGGUCCAGUGGGACGCCACGGAGGCGAGAAAGCGAUUAUCUUCCUACAUUUUCGACUAA